AUGGAGCGACUGUGCGUGGCAACGGGGCCUGUUCUAUCCAGUGCGCGAGGCGCCAGAUUUCUUCCCUCGAGGACGAGUAGAGGUGUGAUUCCGGGUGUAGCGUGUAAAUCUAGGCAGGCGAGGUGUCUCUCGGCCGCUGGCGAUGAGCAGGGGCAAAAUGCGGGAUCUUCUCGGCGGCAGAGCGCUGCGCUCGAUCAAUCUGAUGAAGACGAUGUGGAUGGUGCGACACUGACUGAGGCCGAUUUCGAGGAUUUCACUAUCGAGGGCGAGGAGGAAGAGGAAGAGGAGGAAGAUUUCUUUGGAGAGGAGGAGUCUCGAGCUGACAUCGGUGGCACGCCCCAAGCACAAGGCAAAGGCAGGCGUAGGAGGCGGGACCGUGUCAAGGGACCUGAGGUACCAAGUCAUCUACUUCCGAAGGUAGCCAUAGUUGGAAGGCCCAAUGUCGGAAAGUCUGCUCUUUUCAACAGAAUUGUUGGUAGAAACAUGGCUAUUGUGCACGAUGAGCCCGGCGUCACUAGAGACCGUUUAUAUGGCAGAGUUCGUGGCUCUGUCCAGGAGUUUAUGCUGAUAGACACUGGUGGUGUAUUGACAAUUCCAACGAGUGCAGAGAGCGGUUUAGCUGGUGGUUCUGUUGCCGCUGCUCAAGCGAAGAAGGAUGCAGCAGUUGCUGGCCUUCCAUCCAUGAUUGAGCAGCAGGCUGCAUCAGCUGUCGAAGAAGCUUGCGCACUUGUGUUUGUGGUGGACGGCCAGGCAGGACUUACGUCGGCUGAUAUCGAAAUUGGAAACUGGCUCAGACGCAAGUUCAAACACAAGAAGAUCGCUCUCGCCGUGAAUAAAUGCGAAUCUCCAAAGAAAGGACUCUUGCAGGCGGCAGAGUUUUGGUCUCUCGGGUUCACACCUGUUCCUGUGUCGGCUAUUUCCGGUUCUGGUGUCCCGGAUUUACUCGAGGAUGUGACUUCCGCAAUCAAGGAGAAACAGGAUGAGUUAGAAGCGAGCGAAGGCGACCGGCCUUUAUCUGUGGCAAUUAUUGGGAGGCCAAAUGUUGGCAAGAGCAGCAUUUUGAAUGCAAUAGUCGGGAAGGAAAGAACGAUAGUCAGUCCCGUGAGUGGAACCACUCGAGACGCAAUCGAUACAGAAGUAGCUGGACCCGAGGGGAAGGUCUUUAGACUGAUAGACACGGCUGGAAUCAGAAAGCGAGCAGCUAUUGCCUCUGGCGGUAGCAAGACAGAAUCUUUGUGUGUCCAGAGCGCCCUCAGAGCGAUCCGACGUGCAGAUGUUGUUGCUUUGGUCAUUGAAGCGAUGACUUGCGCAACAGAACAGGACUAUCGGCUCGGUGAGAGGAUAGAAAAAGAUGGGAAGGCCUGCAUCAUUGUCGUGAAUAAGUGGGAUACCGUUCCGGAUAAGAAUGCGGAAUCUACUUACUGGUACGAUAUGGAUGUCCGUGAGAAACUCCGUGUGCUGAAGUGGGCACCGAUUGUUUACACCUCAGCGACAAGCGGACAACGAGUCCAAAAGAUUCUGGCGACAGCUUUGAGUGCUGGUCAGGAAAGGGAGCGCCGGAUCAGCACAGCGAUUCUUAAUCAAGUUGUCCAGGACGCGAUCAACAUGAAGCAGCCACCUACAACUAGAGGUGGCAGGAAAGGUCGCCUAUAUUUUUGCACGCAGGCAACCACACGCCCCCCGACAUUUGUCUUCUUUGUCAACGAUGAGAAGCUUUUCCCGGAUGACUACAAGAGGUACAUGGAAAAGCAGCUGCGCCAGAAUAUCGGCUUCCCUGGCACGCCGAUUCGCCUGUUCUGGCGGAGCAAAAGGCUUGCACGUCCGGGCUCCAAGCAAAGCACGCAGGAGCUCGCCAGCGUUUAAGUCUACUCUCUCGAGGCGCUUGGAAGGUGUCAAGUCGCUAGCAGCCGCCACCAAACGGCUGUAAGAGUGUGGACAAAGGCUCCACCAAAAUGGACAAGGAUGGGUUGCUGCGAGAGGGAGGAGCUACAUAUAUUCUCUUCUAGGUUUUUCUAGCUACACCAACAACAGAGCAACCACCAAAGUGCACAGGGUAUGAUUUGAGGCAUUAAAUUUUCUUAUAGAGCUUUGCGCUACUGUUUCGAGACAAGGCUUUGUUUCCAGAUUGAUCGCUCUAAGAUCUAAGAUGGAAAUCUAUCCAUGGAUCGAUCUAAGAUAAUCGCGCAAACAAAAAGAACAGGAAAGGCCUAGAUUUUCUCAUUGUGUAUGGCAAUGUUCUGUAAACACGUGUCAUGCAAGCGUUUGCUCGUGGGCCA